CUCUCCAAGACGCUCUCCUGGCUCCUGCGCCACGGCGCGCAGUCCGAGAAGCUCCCCAUGCGCGCGGACGGCUUCGUCCGCGUGCAAGACCUCGUGAGUGCCCCCGCCCUCGCGACCCCGAAGCUCGCCGCACAGCUCGACUGGCCCGCACUCCAGCGCAUCGUCGCCGCCGACACCAAGCAGCGCUACACCCUCCUCUCCGAGCCCCCCUCCGACGCCGCCGCCUCCGCAGACGCGAUCUGGUGGAUCAAAGCGAACCAGGGGCACUCCAUCAAGGCACGUCCCGCCCCCAUCCCCACCCCCACCACCAGUCCCCGCAUGUCCCCAAUAACGUCCCCCACAGACGUGCCCAUGGCCGUGCACGGCACAACCCGCAAAGCCUGGCAAUCCAUCUCGCGCCAGGGCCUCUCCAGGAUGUCCCGCAACCACAUCCACCUCGCCCAAGGCAUCCCAGGCGACGGCAUCAUAAGCGGCAUGCGCGCCUCCGCCCAAAUCCUCAUCCACAUCGACCUCCCAAAAGCCCUCGCGGCCGGCAUCCCCUUCUCCCUCUCCGACAACGGCGUCGUCCUCUCCGCGGGCGACGCGCGCGGCUUCUUGCACCCCGCUUUCUUCAGCCGCGUCGAG